AAGGAAAGAGCAUGCAAAAUAUCUCACGUCACGUCUACAAUCGCUGAAAUAUCUCCCUUAUCUUCUUGUUCCCAAUUAAACAGCCAGCUCUCUCUCUUUCCAAUUAAGCAGAACGGCUGGAGCGAGAAAAUGCAAUCUGCAGGCUGCAGUCUCGCAACAGCAUACGCAACUCCCGCCACUUCCGCUUCGUUAAUCGCAACAAAGAAUCGAAACCCUAAAUGCUUUAGCUUUUCCACCUUCUGCAAGGCUAAGGCUAAUAAUUCAUUGGCAGAGUUGUCUGAGGAGGUGAAUGAUAUUUACGAACUUUUGGGAGUUGAAAGCAAUUCUCCGCAAUCCGAGAUUAAGUCAGCUUACAGGGCCCUCCAGAAGCGGUGCCACCCCGACAUCGCCGGCCCCGCGGGACACGACAUGGCUAUCAUUCUCAAUCAGGCUUAUUCGCUUCUCUCCGAUCCCAUUUCUCGCUCCGCUUACGAUAAGGAGAGAGCGAAGGUUGCGGAGUUGCGAGGCUACACCGGCAAGCCGAUAUAUUCUGUGUGGUUAGGAGCGGAGACUGAACAAAGGGCGGUGUUCGUGGACGAAGUCAAAUGUGUCGGGUGCUUGAAAUGUGCUUUGCUUGCUCAAAACACGUUUGCAGUCGAGUCUGUUUAUGGAAGAGCUCGAGUUGUUGCUCAGUGGGCUGAUACUCAUUCCACCAUUCAAGAGGCUAUUGAUGCCUGCCCAGUCGAUUGCAUCUCGAUUGUGGAGAGAUCCAACUUGGCUGCCUUAGAAUUCCUAAUGUCAAAGCAACCUCGGGGAAAUGUAAGAGUUGGAGCAGGCAAUACUGUUGGCACACGUGUCUCAAAUAUCUUUGUUGAUGUGGAUAAAUUCCAGGCAAGAUUCCGAGAGGUCACGAAUAAAGCUUCCACAAAACGGUCCAAGAGCUUUGAAGAUAUUAAUAAGAUGGAGUUUGCAUUGCUAGUUGACUCAAACUGUAAUAAAUUAGAAGUUCAGGGGCAAAGUAAAACUCCCCCAGUGCCCAAAGAAUCAGAUUCCCAAAGACAAGCUAGAAGAUCAACCAUUGAAGCCAUCAAGUCAAUCUCAAAUUGGAUAAAAUACUGGCAAAUACCCAGACCUAGUACACCAUCGUCACCAGUGGAACAAAGCAGAGGUGAGAAUUUGAAGUAUUUGAUAGCUGCCAGAGCGGGGGGCGACAGAUCUGAGGAACCAAGCAACACUAGCAAUAUCAGUAUCAACAAGCUCCAGGAAGCUGCUGCAGCUAGAAAACACGCAAGAGAGAAUCCCCAACUGACUACUACAAGCAGAAGAAGCGUCUCUUCAAAUUACAAUGUAUCCACCAAUGGUGAUGAGUAUUGGACUCCAUCACAAAUUCUAGUUCUCCCAGAGGACUCGAGCAUGGAAGAUAUUUCGGGCUCCAGGCGUAAGCCAGUACUUCAGGUUCGGACAAUAAGAGAGAUUUUGUAG